AAAAUUGUUUUCAUGUGAAAUGGCAAGUUAUUCUCCUAGCGAUGGAGAUUUAAAAGCAGUCUUGUUUGCAGACUUCUUUAGUGAUAAACUGAGACCACCUUGCACGGAUGGAACGUUCUGUGAAGCACUUUUGCCUAUUGUAAACGUUAGCUUACUCCAAUAUCAGCUGGAAGCUCUCUUACAAGCAGAAGUAAAGGAUUGCGUGAUUAUCUGUCGCGAGCAUAUAAAGGAAACUUUAGCGAAAUUUGUGAAAACCUUGAACUUUGAUAUGAAUUUGCAUUUUCUCACCAAUAGUCAGUGGUUGGUUGCAGGAGAUGCCAUAAGAGAACUUGACAGUCGAGGAGAUUGGAGACCACAAAGUGACUUUAUUCUAAUAUUUCCUGGAGCAUUUUUCACCUUUAAUCUUUUGGAUGUUGUUAAAGAACACCGAGCUAGAAGAGAAAGAAGCAAAAGUUGGGUAUUAACUAGUUGUUUUGGACUUCGAAGUAUCAGUAGCUCGUGUGAUAUUGCCAGGUUGGAAAAUGGACAAAUCAUUCAGUAUUCCUAUGAUAGGAAAGACAAAAUAGUUAUUCCUGGUAUUACAACUUUGACCGAAUAUUCCUCUAGAGUGGAGAUAUUUUCUAGUUUAGAAGAUUGUGGUAUCGAUAUUUGUGCUCCUGAAGUUCUUGUAGAGUUUAGAGAGAACUUUGACUAUGAUAACAUUCGCGACUUUAUCCGAGGAAAGAUUGACGGUGGUGAAGGAGAACUAUUAGGCAAUCAAAUCUAUGGCCACAUUUUGAGUGGAAGUGCAGAUUUUGCUUGUCGAAUAACGAACAUGGAAAGUUAUUUCUAUGUAUGUUUUGCCUUUAUUCAUCGCUGGAGUUAUCCUUGGACAGUUGAACGGUUUCCUUUCAAAACGACGAAAUAUGAGUAUCGACGUGGUCCUAAAUAUAUUGCAUCGAGUUGUAGCUUGGCUUGGUCUUCGUAUAUUGGAAGAUGUACAGUCUUGGGUGAAAAUACUCGCAUAGAUGAGAAUGCCGUGAUAGUUCAUUCUGUCAUUGGAGAUAAUGUGACGAUUGGUCCGAACUGUCAUAUUAAAGAUAGUAUUAUAUGGUCCCAUAGUAUUUUGAAAAGUAAUGUUCGCGUUGUGGGUUCACUUAUUGCAGAUAAUGUGGUUUUAAAUGAUGAUUGUGAGAUUUCUGAAGGCUGUAUAGUAGAUUCCUUUGUGGUUGUAAAAGCAAAAUCACAUAUUCCUCACCAUUCACGUAUUAUUCUUCGAGAACAUCCUUAUCGAAAGGAAACUAUGGAUGAGAGAGUCUUGUUGGAAAGAAUGGGAAGUUUCAAUAUGGAAUCCAACUUAUUUGAUAGAAAUGAGAAGGAAACAACUAUACAAGAUGAAAGUAAGCAUCAUUGCAUCCAAUGGCAAGAAGAAACUCAUAAAGCAGAGGAAGAUGACGAGUCAUCCAUUGACGAAUUGGAAGAAAUAGAAAGGAACGAAUCUGAAGACAUUGCCAUUGAAGAGGACAGAGAAGCCGCAGAAUUGGGUAUGACACCUGAUUCCUUAGCUUUCAAGUCUUCUUCGAGUUUUUCACCUCCUACGGAAAGAAACCUUGUGCGUCAAGAGAUAAAGGAUACGUUCCAACGUGCUUUGGAAGAACAACAUUCUCCAGAAACUGCCGUGUUGGAACUGAAUGCAUUGAAAUUGGCAUUGGAUGUUACUUCUUCUCAUAUUUUGAGAGUUAUAUUUCCUCUCUUGUUAAAUAAGCUCGACGUCCAAGAAGGCCUUACUCAACAACAAGUUACUCAACAAUGGAUAUUAUUUGUUCGUCAUUGGUCUGGUGUCUUAAUCAAGUUUUGUAUGCAUUCAUCGGAUGGUAUGUGGUUACUGAAAUACUGGAAGGAAUAUUGUGAGCGAUUGCCAAACUAUCGAAAAUAUUUUUCUUUUCUUGUUCAGUUAUUGUAUGAUUGUGAUGUUUUAUCGGAAGACUGGAUAAUAGACUGGGUUUCCGAGGAAGACAAGUUAAACGGUCAAGCGGUACUCAUACAACAACUAAAGCCUUUUGUGGAUUGGCUUUUAGAAGCUGAAGAAACCAGCUCAGAAAAUGAAGAUUCCAUUUCUUCGAGAAUGGAGGAUAUGAACCAGUAGAAUUAGUUUUCUGCACUUUUAUU